CAAAGAGCACGCGCAUUGUUUUCCUCCUGGACUGUGCGGAGCUGUAAGAGAAACACAAAUGAACUGGGAAACCAGACUGAUGCCGCAAAAAACAACUAAGAGAUCGGACUAGAGCAACACAGGACGAUGAAGGACCACAUAGUCUGGCUCAUCUGUACAGUGGCUGUUGCUUCAACCAUCCCUGCCUGUUUGGCUUUUAAUAUUGACACAAGAAAUCCUGAAGUCUUUCUGGGUGAACCAGGUGAUUUCUUUGGAUACCGAGUGCUACAGUACUUGAACAAGUCUAGUAAUAACAAAGGGAUAGUCGUCACUGCACCUCUCAGGCUAAAUGGAUCUGGAGGAAUUUACCAACCUCACCAAAACAAGUGGUUCAAACCUACUGUUGCAGAGGACCUGCAGUCAAACACAACAGCAGUCAAACAUCUUGGCUUGUCGAUCGCUGCUGAUUCCUCCGGCUCCAGAUUCACUGUUUGCAGUCCAAGUUUGGUGCAUGAAUGCAAUGAGAACUCCUAUCUGAACAGUAUUUGUUAUGAGCUCUCUGAUCAACUCCAGAAAAUCUCCUCUUUCAAGCCUGCGUAUCAAGAAUGCACCAAAAAGACAGUGGACCUCGUCUUUCUGUUUGAUGGAUCAGCGAGUAUGACUGAAGAAGAAUUCAACAGAAAUAACGAUUUUAUUGUGGAGAUAAUGGACAGCCUGAAGAACAUGUCGAUCAAGUUUGCAGCAGUUCAGUUCUCCUCAACAGUCCACAAAGUGUUUGACUUCAACGACUAUAAAGCCGGACGUGCUCUUGAUAAACUCAUGAAAGAAAAUCAUUUAAAAGGUCUCACCAACACACACAGAGCCAUCGAAUUUGUUCUUGAUCAAAUCUUUGACAACCCAGCUGCAGGCGCCUCUCCUGAUGCAACUAAAGCUCUGAUUCUAAUCACAGACGGAGAUCCCUCUGAUACAGACAGAAAAGGGAUAAUUAAAAAAUAUGAUGAGAAAAAUAUAAUUCGUCUUGUUAUUGGGAUCAAGGAUGCAAAGCUGGAUAAAUUUAGGGCCAUCGCUUCAGAACCAAAAGACAAAAAUGCCUUCAAAAUUGAGAAUUAUGAUGGACUCACAGGAGUACUGGAGAAUUUUCAGAAAGAUGUCUUUGUUAUGGAAGGUUCCAAAGGGGCUCAAGCAAGAAACCUGACUGAUGAAAUGUCUCAGAGUGGAUUCAGCGCUAUUUUCAACAAGGAUACACUGAUUCUGGGUUCAGUGGGAACAAACAGCUGGCGUGGUUCUCUCCAAGAACGUCGAGAUAAAACAGAAACAAUUGAGGAUCAAGAAAUGGAGAUGGACUCCUACAUGGGAUAUUCUGUCUCUGUUGGAGAGAGAGGUGGGGUUUCUUUGUAUUUCACGGGUGCACCCCGGUUUCAGCACACAGGACAGGUUGUACUUUUCAAACAAAACAGCAACAACUGGACCACAGCACAAAGAAUAACUGGAGACCAGAUCGGUUCCUACUUCGGCGCCGAGCUGUGUUCGGUGGAUAUUAACUCAGACGGUGACACUGAUUUCCUGCUGGUGGGAGCGCCAACGUUUUACCAGCUUCAGGAGAAGAAAGAAGGUCAGAUCUACAUCUACACUCUGACUGAUGAGCUGCAACUGAAAAGUGAACUGAUUGUGAUGGGACCAUCCAUGGGUAGAUUUGGCACCACCAUAUCCAGCCUCGCAGACCUGAAUGGAGAUGAACUCCGAGACGUUGCUGUCGGAGCUCCGCUUGAGGAUGAUAACAGAGGUGCUGUGUAUAUCUACCAUGGCAACAAGCAGAGAGGAAUAUGCAGCACUUUCAGCCAGAGAAUCACAGGAAAAGAAGUCACACCUGGGAUAAAAUUCUUUGGACAGGCCAUCGAUGGAGCUAUUGACCUUGGAGGGAACGGACUCCCAGAUAUUGUGAUUGGAUCACAGGGUGCUGCUGUUGUCUUUAGGGCCAAGCCCAUCUUUGACGUGAUGGCUCAUCUAACUUUCCAACCUAAGGAGAUAAACACUGAGAUAUUUGAUUGUCUGGGUGCCGAUGAAAAUUUACCUAUGGUUACCUUAACAGCCUGUUUUGAAAUGGUAAAAGUAACAAAGAGCAAACAAGAGGCUGUGAGGUCUGGACUGAACAUCACAUUCACAGUCGCUGUGGAUCCGAUGAGACAAAAAUAUCGAGGUUUCUUCAGUCAAACUGAUAAGACAGCCAGAAGUCUUACCUCCACCUAUGAGAUGCUUGAUGAAACAGCUUGUUUUAACUUCUCCAUCUACAUGCAUAAAUGUGUGAGUGAAUUAUUGUCACCUAUCAGCAUCAAAUGUAACUUUUCCCAAGCUGACAAUGAGACUGCAGCCACCACCCUGAAUGUGGACAGCAAACGGCAGUCCGUUGUUGAGGUUCCCUUUAAAAAAGCGUGUAGAAAAAAUGACACUUGUAUCGCUGAACUGGAUGUGGAUUUCAGUUUUAUGACUACACAAUUAUUAGUGGCAGAAGAUGCGUACUUCAACGUGUCUAUAAAACUGGCCAAUCACGGUGAUGACUCGUACAACACCAUGCUAGCGAUGCACUAUCCUCCAGGCCUCUCCUUCAGUAGAAUGACACUUAUAGAGUCAUCAAGAUCAACGCCCCACAAAUGCUCAGAUCUAGAAGGAGUACUUGACAAAACCAUAUGUGGUGUGAGCCUUCCUCUGUUUCGCAGCAGAUCCUCUGCAACGUUUGAAUCUUCUUUCUAUGUCAUGCAUGACUUUGAAUGGGAUGAUACAAUCUCCAUGACAAUUGAUGCAAAUAGUAAUAAUCAAGACUCUAAUAGGACCAGUGCACUGACCAAAAAUAUCCCAGUACAAUAUGAAAUUAAAAUGAUAUUAACAGUGAAGCAAGACAGCGCUACCUAUCUGAACUUCACAACAGAGGACCCUGCACCUAAAGAAAUGGGUAUUACAUACAGGAUAGAUAACUUUGGUUUUAAGGAUUUUCCUGUCAAUGUUACCAUGUUCUUCCCAACUGAACUGGAGCAUAACUUUGAAAUAAAAAGCUAUGAAGUCUUUGUCAAGGAGAACAAAACGCAGUGCACAGCCACUACUAACCAGACGUCUGAGGAUUGCUUGCUAGAAAAUAAGUGCAUAACCAUGGUCUGCAAAAGUUUCAAUUUGGAGAAAUAUUCAGCCGCUGAGUUUACCCUGUUGGGAAAAGCAAAUUUCCGAGACCUUGAACAGAAGCCAGCCAAUCUUCCUUUUCUCAAAAAAUACACUGGAGACAGUGGAAAUGUAAAAUUUGUAAGUUCUAUACAUGUUGGCUAUAACAAGGAUCGGUUUGUGUUGGAAUCUCUUAAACAAAAGAAAAAAGACGAUUUUACGCCGUUCCAGUUUCCAAUGAGAAGGAUUGAAGUUCAGUUUGAUUUCAUUAUCCCUCCAAAUAAACUGCUGAUUAUUUCAACUGGAGUUAGUUUAGGACUCGUGCUCCUGAUUGUAAUCACAGUCGUGCUGUUUAAGUUGGGCUGCUUCAAGAGGAGAAAACUCACAUAUCACAUACAACGAGAACGCAUCAAAGCAACUGAAAAUGUGGAGGAAACGAAAGUACAGAUAUUUCUAAUAUACAACUACAGUGAAGGAGUAAAUUUGAACAUCUAGAAAAUGCAUUUAAUUGGUUCCUUAAAAUCUCAACAAUUUCUAAUCUACCUAGCAACAGCUCAAUGAGAAACAGUCCCAAAACCAUCGAAAGAACCACUGAACUUUGAAAAUGAAAAUUGUCCAUUUCCAAAGUUGAUAAAAUUCCCCUUCAAGCUCCUACACUAAGCCAUGUGAUUAUGCCAUGCGGGGGGGUUUUGUCUUUAAAAAAAACAAAACAAGAGACCAAGCUUGGACCAGUGUACCAAAGUAGAUCAUCACUGAUUAUGAUUGAAACCCUAGUCCCAUUCCAAAACCUUAAACUUUUGUUUUGGAGAAUAGAAAAUGAUAUUUCUUUCUAAUAAAAUGAAGUGUUUUUGAUGAA